AUGUUUACUAUCAAAAUCACGUAUCGAGGGCUGACUCGAAGACACACCUUCCCAGACACCAAUACUUUCCCCAGUUACGACGAUAUCUCCACCCAACCUUCUCGCAUCUUAAUCGGCAAGGAAGUUCACAACGCGUACGAGUAUAACAAGUGCAUUCGCCAGUUCAGGAAUCGUUCUUGGCCCCAUGCUAUGCUGAGAUUCACAAUCAUAGACGUGUCCUCUCGCGUUGCUGAAACUACUUCCUUGCCGACGACGAGCACAAUCUAUACUCGGUUCCCUCCUGUCGGCCCUCGAGUGGCAUUCUCCUCUGCGAACGCCAUUGAAAGUCAGACUAAUGCAAUGGACGUCGAUUCCACCCCCGCACCCUCGGCAACCCGCAGUGUCUCUAUGAGACAAACUAGGCCGCAGCCUGUUCGACCGGCUGCGCAGCGCAGGGCAUCAGAUGUUGCUUGUUGCUCGGCUAAAAGUGCCAACGAGGACAUGCGCGUCAUCUUGACCGAGUUUAAAGACAUUGUCGACAGCGCGUUAGCCACCAAUCUCUCCAUGAUGACAAAUGGCUCCAAUACUGCUAAUGAGGCACCGCCUCCGUCGUGUGAUUCGUGCCAUAUCGUCGACAAGCCUGCUGGCUUCUGUUUGAGCAACAUGGGGACACAUCAGAUGAAGUUAGCUAGCGCAUCAGACGCUCGAGGAUCUAAUCUACCCAUUCCUCAUCUUCCAACACCAUGGGAUAGAUUCAUGACAGGGCCACCUAGUUCAUCAACCCCGCAAUCAUCUUCUCCAUCCAAUACCACUCCACAAGUUCCUGUAGACUCUUCGAAUCCUACACCUGUGGUUCAUGUAGGUAUUAUAUGUGAUGUUUGCAACAAGGUCGUUGAAGGUGUUCGCCACAAAUGCCUCGAUUGUCCCGACUAUGAUUUAUGCGAUUCGUGCAUUGGAAAUGGUGCCGCUGAAGCGCACAACCCUUUCCACGAGUUCUUUGACAUACUGGAACCAGGCAGGGUUAUUGUCCAUACAGUCUUCAACGGUGAUAGCGACAGAGAGACAGCAAGGCCGUCUCAAAGGCGGUCAUCAGCAUCAGCAUCCGUUCCUGCCCCCGAGCCCGCUGCGCCUUCAUCUCCGGCUGUCCACCCUGCCACUUGUGACCUCUGCGAAUCGCGAAUCAUUGGCAAUCGUUAUACUUCGAUGCUUGCGACUCCUGUUUCAGCAUUACACCGGAGCAACAUCCUCGACAUGCUUUUGCCCGACUUCAAACCCCUGAAGAUUAUGUCCGUGCGCGCAAUGUCACUAACCCAAUGCAUUACGCUACUUGUGAUGGCUGUAACAAACCAAUUUAUGGUUGCAGAUUCAAGCUGUGAAGCGCUGCCAAUUCCAGUCCACCCCCCUUUGCACCCUAUGUUGAAGAUGAGGCUGCCAGAAUCUGUGAUUCCGACAGUCUACAGAGUCGGUGAAAGGCAGGUAAUCCCUGAGACUACGCCACGAGUCGUCACACAAGUGAAGACUCCUGUCGCUGAGUCCCCUGCCUCAAAGCCAACGGUGCCACCCAAGUCUCCAGUGCCUGUCCCUACGGAACCAUUGGUUAACCCUUUCCUUCAUGACGACGAGCGAGUCAAGACUCCAACACCUUCUGCAAAGCCCUCUUCACCUAUCAAGGCAUCCCCAGCUAAACCUCCACCUGUACCACCGAAGCCGGAAAUGAUCUCACAUGCAUCAUGGGCCUCGAUUCCUGGGUUCUUCGGGUCCUCUGCACAAUGGGAAAUCAGACCUCCACACCCGUAUGAACAUUAUCCACCAGUGUCGGAUAACCUUGGUGAUAUCUUCCAACCCAAGGCUUCAUUGGGCAACCCUUUCGCAGACAUUCCUCUCUUGAAUGUCUCAACGAUUUCGGCUGCACCGACCUUUGGUCCAGUCCCAAAGACCACGCCGAACUUGCCACCUGUUGCAUCAUCAGAAAUUACUUUGCCCACUGUACCGAAUCAUACACCGAUGAACCCAUGGCCUACAACCAAUGCGGCAGAACGUCAGGAGCUUUUGCAGCUCAUUGCCAAUGCUUCAGGAUCCCAUGGCCCGCCCGUCGUCCCUGCAGAGCAAACUGCUAAACCACUUACGCCGCCUGCACCGCCUGUCGAGCACCUUGUUUCUAUCCAUGAAAUCUCUGACAGUAAUCCUGAGCCUUCUUCCAAGUCCGAAAAAUCACAGACUGUAUCUCCGCGCGACUUUUCUAACCUUUCGUUGUCACAUUUGUUGCAUGACCUUGAGGACCGAGUCGCUUCUUUGAAAGCCAAUAGUGACGUUGACGAAGAUAAGCUUCCUAGCGUCACAGGGUCAUCUCUAUCGGAGGAGGCUCUCCUCAAACGACCAACUUCAGAACCCUCGAUGUCUAAUAACACACUCUCGUAUCCUCCCUCUCUUGCGCACUUGAUCGCUGAACUGCCCACCCUUGUUCCCAAGGCAGCUGAUGUUCUUCCUCCAUCAUCACUAACAACCGAUGCAAAGGAAGCCACUCUCCCUCUUGUCCCUUUGAGUGCAUCUUUCAUCGAAGACGUGACGGUGCCAGAUGGUCAAGUGUUCCCUCCUGGCGCAGAGUUCGUGAAAUGCUGGCGGCUGCGCAAUGAUAGCACCCGAGACUGGCCGGAGUCGACACAGUUGGUAUUUGUUGCUGGAGAAUCGCUGGCGACCCAGAAAGGCGAGUUGGCUGUUGAGUUGGGUAAGGUUGAAGCCGGUAAGGAAAUUGAUGUGUGGACGGGAGAAUUAAAGGCUCCCGAAGGUCCUGGGCGAUACGUAGGUUAUUGGAGAUUGAAAGCUAACGGUGAAUUAUUUGGAAGUAGCUUAUGGAUUGAAAUCAAUGUAGUGGAAGCGGACCACCACUCUUCCGACGAGUCUUCUAUGGCGGCUUCCUCUGUUAUCAUGCCGCAGUCGUCAGCAAUCGCCCAGGAUGGUGCAAGCCGCCAAGCUGUUUCUUCUACCGUACAAUCCGCCGCUGGGGAUACGUCCACCAUUUCCACUGAGGAUGACCUCUCCGAUGCUGGCUCUGACAUUUCGUUGAUCAGCAUGCCAUCCUCGCCAUCUGACGAUGAGGACGAAGGACUCUUCCACGAUAGCCGUUCGUUCAUCACUGCCGAGUCCGCCGCCGCCGCUUCUGUGGUCGCCUCUUCUUCUAGGACUCGCAGUGUUCAGAACUCUCGUCUCUCAUCGGCUAUGGAUUAUGUACUCCUGUACGACGAUACAUCUUCUUCCGAGGAUUGA